GGUAUGCAGAGUUCGGUGACUAGUGGGACUCCGCUGAGCUCCGCAUACGCUUGUGUUCCGAACAAAAAGCUGUGGGCAUGUGACCAACCAAACACACUUAUAGCAUCGUCAUGACCCAGGGAAAUACUAUACACCGAAGACUUGCAAUACCCCAUUCAUGUUAGCUACGUGCGUCUCGAGAGCGACGCUCGCCCCAGGUUUCAAACUUCGUGCAACCGUCUUCCUUAGAGCAAGAUGGUACAGCACUCCGACGGAAGUUCCACUACCCAAUAAGUCGAAGGUGUGGAAGUCUGUCGACGAAGCAGUUAAGGAUGUCAAGUCAGGAGAUGUCCUUUUGUGUGGUGGUUUUGGUUUGGCUGGUGUGCCAGACACGCUUCUUUCCGCUUUGGCCAAGCGCAGGGACGUCACAAAGCUAACAGGAGUCUCCAACAAUGCUGGCGCAGGUGACUCUGGACUUGGUAAGUUGUUCAACAGCAAGCAGAUUGAUAAGGUCGUCGCUUCAUACCCUGGAGGAAACAAGGCCUUCGAGGCCCUAUAUCUCAAGGGCGAGGUGUCUUUGGAGCUGUGCCCCCAAGGUACACUCGUUGAACGUCUCCGUGCCCAUGCAGCUGGUAUCCCGGCCUUCUUUACCCCUACGGGAGCAUCAACAGCAGUAGAAGACGGUUCUAUCCCAACACGAUACAACGAAGGAGGCUUUGCCAAUGGAAUCAUGAUACCAGGCAUUAAGAAAGAAUCACGAGAAUUCGGAGGUCGCAAGUAUAUCAUGGAACCGGCCAUUGCUGGUGAUGUCGCUUUCGUUCACGCAUGGAAGGUCGAUGAGGUUGGCAACUGUGUUUUCCGGUACGCUCAGCAGAACUUUGGUGCAGUCAUGGCGAAAAACGCAAAACUUACGAUAGUGGAGGCAGAUGAAAUUGUGCCUAGUGGAUCUCUUUCACCAAAUGCAAUACAUAUUCCAGGCAUUUACGUCGAUCGAAUUGUUCAGUCUACGGAGCCCAAACGGAUAGAAUAUACGACCCUUGCGCCAAGCUCAUCAUCUUCUGCUGAACCGACCACUCUGACACCCGAGAAAGAACACGCGCAGAAAAUGCGUCAUCGUAUUGCAAAGCGAGCUGCCAAAGAGCUUAAAGAUGGAUACUACGUAAAUCUCGGUAUUGGCAUGCCCACUCUUAUUCCCGGAUAUCUCGCGCCCGAUGUGAGCGUUUGGCUGCAAAGCGAGAAUGGCAUUCUCGGUAUGGGGCCAUACCCUAGUACGAAAGAGGAAGUGGAUCCGGAUCUCAUCAAUGCGGGUAAGGAGACUGUGACCUUACUGCCUGGUGCUUCAAUAUUUGACUCGAGUGAAUCAUUCGCUAUGAUUCGCGGCGGUCACAUCGACGUUUCGAUUCUCGGCGCUAUGCAGGUAUCACAGGCAGGUGAUAUUGCCAACUUUAUGAUUCCUGGAAAAUUGGUUAAAGGCAUCGGAGGAGCUAUGGACCUGGUUUCUAACCCUGACCUGACAAAGGUUAUAGUGGUGAUGGAGCACUGUGCGAAAGACGGCACUCCGAAAAUCUUAAAACAAUGCUCUCUUCCGCUCACGGGUGCCCGUACUGUCAGCCAAAUCAUCACAGAAUUGGCUGUCUUCGACGUCGACAGAGAGAAUGGUCACCUCGAGCUUGUUGAACUCCAGGAGGGCGUAACACUUGAAGAAGUCAAGGCGAAGACCGGGUGCGAUUUCAAGGUACGAAGAGAUCUGAGCAAGCUUUGAUUUGCUUUCAGGUUUUGUGGAUCCUAUUGUGGGAAAAUGUUGAUACCAUCAUUUCCUUGUACAUUACAUAAAUGAAUUUUUCUUAUACCAUUCGGACAGUCCCGAACCAACUGGUUCUAGUUAAAGGCGCCUCU